UGGUAACCUUCUCAGUUCCCUUGAGUUAAAUUAACAUCUCUGUGCAUGCUGCAGUUGCCAUCUCUGGUGAGGAACAGAGAAGGAAGGGGAGGCACCUGCUGUGCCUGGCCAUCUCUGAGGACAUGCCACCUCUUCCUCCAAGAUGCCUCUCUAUGCCAUCAACCCCUUCCACCAGGAUGUGGAGAAAGCAACAAGUGAGAUGAAUACUGCUGAAGACUGGGGUCUUAUCUUGGAUAUUUGUGAUAAAAUAGGCCAGUUUAGUACUGAGCCUAAUUAUGAAGAGAAUGAAUCAUUGACUCAUCUCAGAGCAUGUGUAUUGAAUUGUGGCAAAACUUUUCAUUUAGAAGUAUGUUUGAGAGAUUUUUCUAGUGAGAUAAGCAACAUGUUUAAUAAGGAUCACUCAAAAGUUUGUGAAAAAUUAAAAGCUCUUAUGGUGGAAUGGACAGAUGAAUGUAAAAAUGACACACAACUUAAUCUAAUAUCUACCAUAAUAAAAAACCUUAAGGAACAAAAAGUCAAAUUUCCAGCUUUAGACUCACAGGCUACAGAACAAACAAAAGAAAUCCCAGCUCCUGUGACCAAGGAUUCUGGUACUGUGGCCACCAAAAAAGAAGAGGAAGAUCUAUUUUAUGUAGCAAAAGCCAUUGAGUUAUCAUUGAAAGAACAAAGGCAACAGUCAACCACAAUUUACAAUUCUCAUUCAAGCACAUCAAGCCUCCUGACUAAUCACUAACAUGAGGAUAGGAAAGUUCAUGCUAUCUAUGAUUUUGAGACUGCCGAAGAUAAUACGAAAACAUUUAAAGCUAUAGAAAUCAUUACAUUUCUUGAUGACAGUGAUCACAACUGUUGGAAAGGUGAAAUGCAUCAAGGCAUAGGAUCCUUUCCCCUCAAUUUUGUGAUAGCUGACCACAGUGCUAAACCAGAAAUGAUUAAAACAGAGAAGACAGUGCAAUGCAGUGAUGAAGUUCAGGUGGAAACAAUAGAGCUCGAGACUGAAUCAGUAUAUAUCAAUGAAGACAAAAUGGACCAACUUCUGCAAAUGUUACAAAGUGCAGACCCCAGUGACAACCAACCCAAUCUGCCAGAGCCAUUUCAUUUGGAAGCAAUCUGUCACCAAAUGGAACCACUUAUUGAUGAAAAACUGGAAGACAUUGACAGAAAAUAUUUAGAACUUUCAGAACUCAAUGUUAAAGUAGUGGAGGUUCUUUCUUUAUAUAAUAAAUUGAUGAGCAUGUAUGCAAAAUUACAGAACCAACAGUAUUAUAUGCAGUCACCUGGCAUUUCUGGUACUCAGGUAUAUCCAGGGCAGCCUCCAAGUAGUGCGCAUUUGGUGGCAGAAGGUGCCCAAAUGGGCUAUAUUCAAAGCUAUAGUCUUCCUCUAAAACAAAUAUCAUUUCUCAGCCAAGGAGCAGUUCCACCAUCAGCUAACCCAGAACUUCCUAGUCAGCAAGCUCAGACUUCUUACCCUAACACAAUGAUCAGUUCUGUGCAAGGAAACUCCUAUCCCAACUAGGUUUCAGUAUAUAGUCCUACUGCUGCUCCUGAUGCUGUCACAAUAUACCAGAAUGCUAGAACUAGAAUGUCCCCGGUGCCAAACUAUAAUUUAGCAUCUUCUACACUGCCUCAGACACCUGAUAAUCAACAACCACCUCAAGCACAACAGACAUAUUCCCAGAAGGCUCUUCUAUAGGACCUGAACAUGAGAUUCCUAAUUGUGACUAACCUCUGCUAAGUGCAGCUGACAAUGUUAUGAGUUCCUUCCUUUAAAAUCUUAAGAUUUG